GGGGAAAAGCAAAGAUUCGCCAAUGGUGACUGUAGCUCGCAGCAUGAAGGAAACACUAAACUUAACUUUUUUUUUUUUUUUUUGAGGAAAACACUAAACUUAACUUCAAAGCAUUAACAAUUGGCAUAGUGGCAAAUAUUUUACUCUUUUCUAUUGGCAAAACUAUACUGUUUGCUCCAUUUUGCUUUAGUAAUGCGAGUGCUUCUCUCUCUCUCCUCUCUUCACUUUUAGCAGCUCAGAACCACCGCCGCAGCCACCCUUCCUCCGCCGCGCUCUCAGCCACCCCCAUCCAACAACACUUUUUCUUCUGGGUUAGACUUGAAGAUCAGUAUAUUUCUCUGAAAAAGUGAAAAUCCCCAAUUUUUAUAAAUUGGAAGUCAGGAUGACGUGUGACAAUGGAGUUGGAAUGUGAGAGUGGGACUUGUGAAUAAGGAGUGAAAGCAGAAGGUUGGUUUUGAAGUCUUCAUCUGUAAUUUCAUCCCUUGCACCACGGUUACUUUCAGGAUGUCUGAUUCCAAGAAGGAUGCUACGUUCUCGUUGAAAGCUAUGGUGAAUGAAGAGAAAAGGAAGGUUCUAUUCGCAGAUGUCGACAGCACCUUUGCAGAUGUGUUGUUGAGCUUCCUCACAUUGCCAUUGGGAACGAUCGUGAGAAUCUUGAAGAAGCACUAUGAAGAUGAACAGCCUGUGUUUGGAAGCUUAACCACUUUGUACAAUGGUUUAGAAAAUCUUGAUAGUGUCCAUUUUUGGACAAAAGGUGCUAAAUCGAUUCUGCUCCAUCCACAAAGUUCAUCCGAUGCUCCACGUAAAAUGCUAAAGCUUGAUGUUAGUGAUUCCCCGCCAGCUGAGUACUUCGUUUGUGAAAAGGACUGCGAUAAAAGUACUAGGUUUUACAGCAAAAGCAUGUACUAUGAUAAUGUCAUAGCAUGCAAAUACAGCAAAUCUCAUUCAAUGAAAAGAAAAGUAGCUGGUACUCCAACUGCUCCUUGUGAUGAUGGAGUUUUUACCAUUAAUACAGCGUCUUUCGUUGUCACUGAUGAUCUACGUAUAGUUCCUACUUCUUCGGGGCUGUUGCAGAUUGUCAGCUUUCUUGGCAUUACAGACAUGGACAAGGCCAAGCAAGUAAAUGUGACUUUUGGGUAUGCUGAGGUUAUGGCUUUGCUCAAGGCUUCCUUGAUGUCCCCGACCCCAUUGUCGGAUGUCAUAUUCAAUAAAACAGGACAGAUGAAGUCUACAACAUUGAAACUUCAACAUAUGACUUUAUCGGAUCAAAUUGGAAAUGCACCAACAUCCAACUCCAAGAAGAUGACUUUGAAAUUGGUUGUACAAGAAUCUACUAAUAAGGUCUUGUAUGCUCAAGCCGAGGAAGAUUUCGUAGAGCUUUUGUUCAGCUUCCUCAUAAUCCCACUAGGAGGCGUGCAGCGCCUUCUAGCGAGUAACUCUCUUAAUAAGUGUAUGGACUUAUUAUACAUGAGUGUGGCUGAUCAUAUACACAGAAAAUACUUGAAGACUGGUGCAAGAAACUUGCUAAUCAAGCCCAAGAUACCUCACGGCUAUGUUUCCGAAAACCACAUUCUUCCUCUCCCUGAAGAAGGCUUGCCUGGUUUCUACCAAGAUAUGUUGAAUCUUUUUUCCUCUGUGAAGUUUCCAAAUGGCCGGGGGAAAUACCUCAAGGCACCGAGAACUUUCAUGGUGACCGAUGAUUUAACUGUUACACCUCUUUGCAUUACUUCGGCGCUUUCCUUUCUCAACGAGAUGAAAAUCCCUAUGUCUGAUGUCAAAGAAGUUGAACUGCAAAUUGGAUUGAAAGAGGCUUUAGGCAUAUUGAGAACAUCCCUUACAUCUGAUUCUGUUUUAUCCAAUGGUUUGAAUCUGAGCAAUCAAAUAUCUCAAAAACAAAAGAACCAAUUGUUUGAAUCCCAAGUUGGCUUAUGAUAUUACUAGUCAUAUUUUGUUUCGUGGCCAUUUUCUUAAGCAGAUUGUGUAGAUCUGCUUCUUAAUUUUCUGUCAUUUUGUAUCUGAUUUUUUGGCCUUGCUUAAUCAUAUGUUUUAUAUAUUUAUUGAUUAUAAAAUCAUCUAGUCUUCAUUGCUA